CUCCUAUUCUUGUUCUUUCUUAGCAUAAAUUGACACCUUCCUCUUUUCUUUCCUUUCAACUAUACACUCUUUAUUUUCAGAUAUGAAUACAGAAAUAACGCGUAAAUAUGAAUUACCCAAGACAGUGUGUUCAUCAACAAGUGCUAUUGUUGACCAAUACAAACACAAUCACCAAGAGAAUAUGCCUGAAGCCAGUGACUUGAUCAACAUCAAAAACGACUUGGAAUCCUUGCUCUCUUUAUCAGAAAAAAGGACAAAAGACUUAAGACGCGGCUUAAGCAUGAUAGACACCAGAGAAGAUACAAUCACUGGCAAGCAUGUGAUACGCAUCAAACAAGAAUUAGAUGAGACAGACACUCUACCGAGAAAUGAACUAAGUCGACAAGCAGCAUUAGAACAUAUCAAAAAGAAACGACGUAGAGACAGUACAGAUGAUACCCAUCCUUCAAGUGAAUUACCUCAUCAUAUCGUCAAACUCAAAAAACUAGAGGACAUGCCUCCUCUUCAUGCACGCAGUGAGACACCACCACCUUCGCAUGAUAUCAAAAAAGCCAAAAAGUUUAUAGCACGACCACAACCUUCUGUUGAACCUGAAGAAGUUGACUUCGUACGUGUCAAGCCAAAAGAUCAAGUUCAAAUAACUACAUUUUGGUCAACACUUGAACCUUAUUUUCGCCAUCUGACAGAAGAAGAUCGUCAUUUUCUUUUGGAGAAAUCAGACCAAGGAAAACCCUUCUUGAUACCACCCUUGGGACAACACUAUUUAGAGAAGUGGACAGAAGAAGACCAAAUGUUAAUGCAGCAUGUUGAUUUACUACAACCUCAACAUCAACCUCAACAUCAAAAACUAAAAUAUUUAGCAUCAGAGCAAUCAUUGACAGAUCAACAUUUAUCACAAGACGAUAUUGGGUGUGGUUCAUUAACAGAACGAUUGAUUUCAAGUCUAGUAUUGGAAGGGUUAGUAGAUCCUGAAGAAAGAGAACAAGAAGAAGAAGAUCAAGAAGAACAAGAAGAACAAGAAGAAUACAAGAAAUACAAUCCAAAGAGUAUUCUAGUAUCAGAACCACCAGACGAAAUCGUUGGAUUUGAAGAAAGACUAAAACGAGAAUUACAAUAUGCUGGUUUAUUCAAUGAUGAAGAUGCUGAUUGGAAUGCUCGAGAAGACGAUGAGAUUUGUGCUGAACUUCGUGCUCUUGGAAGAGAACUGAAAGAACAAGUAGACACGAAUGAAUAUCGCAAAAAGAAGCUAUUGGAUGUAGUUGAAUGUCAAUUGCAAUAUGAGCAAUAUCGUCAAGUAUUAGACACUCUAGACAGCCAAGUAGAACAAGGCUACAUUAAGCGAUUUCGUCCUCAAAAAUCCAAGAAACGCAAGGCCAAUGGACCCAAGGCUACUCUAUCUGAAAAUACACUUUAUGCUAUGGAAAAGCGAAAGACGUGGACUGAAGCAUUAGGUGAUAUCUUUAAAGACAAAAAUAUGACUCAACCUCAAGAAUCUAUAUAUGAUUAUUCCUCCUCUUAAUUAUACAUAGUACACAUCCCUUUUAUAUAUAUAUAUAUAUAUAUAUAUAUCAUUUGUAAAUCUUUUUUUCUUUCUUUUCUUUAUAUAUAUGUAUAUAUGUAUAUGUAUAUGUAUAUAUCAUGAAGCC